AUGUCAUUGAAUAAUCCAAGUCAAGAUUUAAUUUUUUUUAAAGAUAAUUCCCUAAUAUCCAAAAAAAUUCUUAAUAAUGAAAUCAAUACAAAAUCGAAGAAUUCCAAUUCUUAUUUAUCAGUUAUAACUUAUAAUCAAUCAACAUCACCUAAUUGGUUAAUUAAUGGAUUAAUUGAAGAUACAUUAUUUGGUAAUGCCAGUAAAAGUUUAAAUAAUCAUGAAUUAUCCAAUGUAUCAAAUGAAUCCAUCAGCAAUACUAAUAGGAGAAUUAUGGUUAUAUCAUUUUUACAUAAUAAAGAAUUUUAUAUUAAAAAUUGUAAACGAAUUGGAAUAAAUCUUGAAGAUAAACAAGAGAAGGAGGGGAAAUUCCAAUUUAUUGAUUAUUUUAAUGAUUUAUUUAUAAAUUUAAUUAAAAAUCCUAAUGAUGCCCUUAAGGAUAUUAAUAAAAUGUUUGAUGAUAUUAUAAACAAUUCAUCAUUGGAUAAGAAUGAUGAUGAUAAUGGUAGUGAUGUUGAUGUGAUUAUUCUUGAAGGGGUAGAGAUUUUAUUAUUUGCUACUAAUAUAGCAUCAAAUGAAUUAUUAUUUAAUAUUAAUCGAUUAAAUAAAAAAUGUCGACAGUUAUUUGUUGUUUCCAGUAAAGAUUGCCUCAAGAAGCAUGAAGAAUUAGUUACACCAAGUGCUGAUCCAAUGGUUAAAAUUAAUGAAUUUUUAAUUAAAUUAUUACAUCGAUCACAAUUAAAUAUUACAUUAGAACCAUUAAUUACUGGUCGAGCAAAAGAUAUUACUGGAAGUUUAAUAAUUUCUAAAGGUUGUAUUCCAUAUGAUGAUAAUGAUGAGAAUUUAUCAGUUUCUAUCAAUGAAAAAGAAUAUGUUUAUCAUAUUACUAAAGAUUCUCAAGUUAAAUUAUUCUAUCGAUAA